CAAAUUCAAAACAAAAUGGAAGACGUUUUGAAACAUCUAAAUGAAAAGACAGAAGAUAAGGGCAAAGUGCAAAGUAUUUUUCAUCUUUUGAAAGUGUACGUGACCAAUAUCGUCCAGAAUCCAACCAAUGGAAAGUACAGGAAGAUAAGAAAAAGUAACCCAAAAUUUCAUUCAACAAUCUGGAGUAAUGAGGAUGCAAGGUCUUUUCUACUGUUAGCAGGUUUUGAAGAGUCCAAUGAUUUCCUGGAACUACCUGAAGGAGUUCAUCUUCAUGAGGCCAAGACUAUAUUGGAUGUCCUAACUACAGAUGAUGUCAAAUCAGGUGCAGAUAGCAAUACCCAGUCUUCCACAUCAACACAGCAACAACAAUCAAGCAGUGUCCUUCAGCUGAGAGGGUCAUCAGAUUCCAGUAUGUUUGAUGAGACUUCAAAACCAGACAUGACUCUCUUAUCAUAUAUGAAGGAAAUGGGAUUUGAUGUGGCUGUUGCAGAAAAGGCUCUGAUCAUGACUAUGAACCAAGGAGUUCAACCAGCAAUGGACUGGAUAAACAGUAAUCCUGGUAAAGUGAGUGAAAUUCAAAUGGCACAAUUUCAUCAAACCAGCUCAGCUGAUAAGACAGUUGAGCAAAAUCCAGCCAAAACAGGCGAUGUCGCUAAAAGUGAGAGAGGGACUGGAUCGAGCACAAUAACGAGUCCCGUUUCACGUUAUCAAACAACGCUUGAUGAAAGACAUCGAUUUCAAGAACGUGUUAGACUGGAGGCAAUUGAGGCUGCAAGAUUAGAAAAGGCCGAGCAAAAAAGACAAAAAGAAUAUUUGUUAAAGAAUUUGGAGGACGAGAGAAAAGAAAGAAAAGAAAAAGGGGAGAGAGUCAAAACUAUGAGAAUGCAAGAUGGCUCUGCCACAACGACAGGGGAAACUGGGGAGAGACCGCGGGAAGCUGGGGAGGAUGAAAACAAUAGCAUUUCGCUGCGAAUAAGGUUACCCGAUGGAAGAAUAAAUAAUCUGAAAUUGGGGUCGCACAGUUGUUUGGAAGAAAUAUACAAGCAUAUUUCCAGUAUAAGUGGGUUGAAAGAGAAUGAUUUCGUCAUCAUGACAGUUGCACCACAAAUUAAACUCACCGAAAAGGGGAAAACGCUUGACGAUCUUGGUUUAAAAUCACAGGAGACUCUGAUCGUACAACGUGUUGACCAAGCUGGAACUAUGUCAGAGGGCCAUGGAACGUUUCGUCAAAUCUUGGAGGUGAGAAGUCUUGCACAUUGGGGCGAUGUACAAUGGCAGAACAGAGAUCAACUGAUUGUCGCACAAUUUUAUGUUCCGAGUGAAGAUGAUUGGGAAAGAUUUGAAGAUUUAAACCGCAAAUUUGGAAUCGAUGAACAAGCUCUGUUUGUCCGAAUCAAUUUCGAGUUAGAACCGGCUUUCAAAGAGGUUUACGAUUUAGAAUCGUUUCCUUCUUACAAGUUGUUGUGGAAUAACGAGACAUUAUUGAACAUUACUGACCCGGAGUGCUUGGAAACGUCUAUCAGUGAAAAUAUGCGUGGCCCUGUGGCGGAACGCGUCGCUGAUGGAGAGUGUGAGGAAUACUUUGAUCCAAGAUGAUACCCAUGUGAUCUAAGGUAACAUCAGCUACGAUUUUGCUGGAAAAAUAAUCUUCCUACAGAUUAUAUUCCUCCAUUCUACCGUUUUAAAAGCCUAUUUUGUACAUAGGAGAAUGCAUCACCGUGAUUAGGCUAGGUCGAUAUAUAAACCUAGCCAUAAGAAGAAAGUGCUGUAUUUUUUUGCGCGAAUGACGUGGGUAAAGCGCGCGAUAAAUUACAGCAUCUCCCGCACGUGAUGCGCACACGAGACUGGAAAGAAUGUUAGAAUUAGAAUCAACAACUGGGCACGCAUUGAAGAAUUUCGCUGACCCAAUUUCUCACCAUUUUCGUACAAACGAAAUGGAUAAAAAAUUUAAAAAAAACCGAUUUCGAGUAGUUGGAUUAUCAUGAAACUUUACUCGGGGUUUUUUCAUAGAUUAUUUUUAUA